ACCUCACUUCAUUGUUUACGUGUUUCAGACAUUCCAUUAAAGUAUUCGUGUUUUAUUUUACAUAAACAUGACAUACUACAUAGUUAUAAGAGAAUCAAGAAAAAAUGAUACACCAGCAAUAUCAGAGGUUGUACGCGGUGCUUAUACCUCAAAUGUUUUGAGUGCUUGGGGCAACGCUCUUUUUAAUGAGUACACAUAUCAAUUGAUAAUUAUGCUAUCGGCGACAUUGUUCAUACUUUUAGGCAUCCCUUUGGUGUACUGUAUUGUAUCUGUCCCCAUGGUUUUACUUGCUGUUUAUUUAGCAAUUUACGCAUCCUUCUUAAUGAAGUCGGCUCAACUUUUAUACGAAAAACGUGCUGAAAAAUGUUGGGUUGCUGAAGUUUAUGAACCAUUUUUUUUCAAUAAAUCCCCUUCAACUUGUUGGUAUAAAGUGAUAACAGAAAAUGAAAUGGAAAAGGAGGGACUAAAACCAGAUAAACAUCAAAGAAAGAUCGUUGGUACUGUCGCGGUCAUGAAGCACAACCAAAAGGAGGAUUGGGCUUGGCUAUUCAGACUGGCUGUUGACAAAAAUUAUAGGAGAAAAGGAGUUGCAACCAAUUUAGUGGCUGCUGUGAAGGAAUGGUGUAGGGACCAGAAGUACGACAACUUGGAAGCUGCGAUUGGUGAAUGUAAUACGGGAUCAAGACAAAUGUUUAAUGAAACAGGCUUUCAAAUGGUGCAGAUAUACCACAAGAAAUUGUUUGCCGUUUUUAAUCUGCAGAUGUUCCAGUUGAGAUGCGAAGUGAGGAGCACUUUUCAUUAAAAAGAACGCGUUUGCUAUUGGUAUAAUUGUUAUAUAAUAUAAGUGUAUUUCAUUCGUAUGCAUUUUUGAUGGCGGUGACAUUUGGCCGACUCAAAAUACAGACACUUGUUUUUAUUUAAGUUUAUUUUUUUUUCUAAUUACUAUGAAUUACGUAUAGAUAUUUUUACGUUUCAUUACAUUUAUAAUUUGCAAACAGUCGUUAUGUUAAUUCUUAGCAUAUUGCAUAAUUUUUAUACCAUAAAUACAUGAUGUGUCAACACAUGCAUUAUUUAUCCUUUAUAAAAAUUUGACCGACUGACGCGUUUUAUAUGUAAAUAAAUACUCAUAGUACAAUUAAA